CCCCUCGAAAACCCCAUCAACAGCAUAGCAUCAACACACAACCAACCUACAGGGCAGCUCUGCACGACGGCGGCGAUAACGCAGACGCAUUGAACGCGGCGGAUGAAGACAGGACAGCAUCAUGGACAUGGCCAUGGCCUCCAGCGAGCCGGCCGCGCAGCCGCGACCGAACGGAUAUGCAGGACCGUCGAGUAACGCACCACAAGGAUCGAACCCAAUGCCAAACAAUCAGACUCCCGGCCACCCGAGCUUUAGAAGACAACGUGCGUCGCGAGCUUGUGAGACCUGUCAUGCGAGAAAGGUUCGAUGCGAUGCCGCCAGCUUGGGCGUGCCAUGCACAAACUGCGUAGCAUUCUCCAUAGAAUGCAAAAUCCCGACGCCGAAACGGAAGAAGACGGCUACUGGGAAGGCAAAGGAUUCGGAUAGUGACCGCGGCGAAGCUGUCGAUGAACGUUCCCCUCGAAAUGACUCCCCCGGUACAGGCCGAAGCGCCAGUGUCUACAAUUCACAGGAUGGAACUCCUGCUACCUCUCUCACCGAGGCACAGUACAAACAGCGACAGGAUGACGAUGGUAUAUACGCACAAUUCAUGAAGCCCAAGUUUACAAGAGCUCCUAUCAAGGAGGCCGGUAGGGUGGCAUAUCUCGGAGAAUCCUCGAAUUUGACCCUUCUCGUUCACGACAGACACGGAACUGCGGAUGUUGUGCACUACCCUCUGCCUGAGCAUGUCAGAGGUUCUAGGGCACGAUUGACCGAGUUGGACAACGUGGAAAUCGAUAUCCUCCACCAACGAGGCGCCUUCUUACUGCCACCGAGGUCUCUUUGUGACGAGCUGGUGGAUGCAUACUUCAAAUGGGUUGCUCCAAUUGUCCCCGUCAUCAACCGAAAUCGAUUUAUGAAGCAAUAUCGAGACUCGAAGAAUCCACCCUCCCUGCUUCUCCUCCAAGCCAUCCUGCUUGCAGGAUCCAGAGUCUGUACGAACCCUCAGCUUAUGGAUGCCAAUGGAUCAACCACACCAGCCGCUUUGACGUUCUAUAAACGCGCGAAAGCACUUUACGACGCUAACUACGAAGAUGACCGAGUUACCAUUGUCCAGGCUCUUGUACUCAUGGGCUGGUACUGGGAAGGUCCCGAAGACGUGACGAAGAACGUCUUCUAUUGGAGCAGAGUCGCAACGAUCGUGGCCCAAGGUUCAGGGAUGCAUCGAAGUGUCGAGGGUUCUCAACUAAGCAAAGCCGACAAACGACUAUGGAAACGAAUUUGGUGGACACUCUUCACACGUGAUCGAUCAGUUGCUGUCGCUUUGGGCCGGCCGGUUCAUAUCAACACCGAUGAUUCGGAUGUCGAGAUGGUGUCUGAGGAGGACUUCAUUGAAGAUGAUAGUGGAGAGCCCCCAGAGUUCCCAGCCGAUCCGUUGCACAUUCAGUUUUUCUUGCAAUAUGUGAAGCUGUGUGAAAUCAUGGGGCUUGUUCUCUCACAGCAGUACUCGGUGGCGUCAAAAGCUCGUCGACAGAAUGCCAUUGACCUUACUCAUAGUGAUAUGGCUUUGGCAGACUGGCUUCAAAACUGCCCCAAGGAAAUCUAUUGGGAAUCAUCUCGGCAUCAUUUCUGGUCUGCUUUGCUUCAUUCAAAUUACUACACUACUCUUUGCUUGCUCCACCGGGCCCACAUGCCACCGGCAACAAAUCAGCGAGGGGGAGGUUAUUUGGAUGAGCCCUCGUAUCCGUCGAGGAAUAUUGCGUUCCAGGCCGCGGCAAUGAUCACAUCUAUCAUUGAAAACCUUGGAGCACAUGAUGAAUUGAGAUAUUGUCCAGCGUUUAUUGUCUACAGCUUAUUCUCUGCGCUUAUCAUGCACGUAUAUCAGAUGCGAUCGUCAGUACCCUCAAUCAUCCAGGCUACCCAGGAACGGAUGCACAUCUGUAUGAAUGCCUUGAAGGAUGUAUCAAGAGUAUGGCUUGUUGCAAAGAUGGUGUACACACUUUUUGAGUCUAUCUUAGGCAAUAAGGUUCUCGAAGAGAGACUUCAAAAGGCUGCUGGGAAAAGGCAUAAGAAAAUGGCCCAGAGUCUUACCCAGGGCAUCGACCAAGUAAAGAAGGAAGAAUCCACAAAACGAAAGUACGAUGACAUGGCUCUCGAUUUCAACGUCAACAAUCCACCUGCGCCUCAGGAAUCGUAUGAGCGAUCGCGACCUCAGACACCAAGUCACACCCCAGGACGCGAGAUGGGUCAUGGCCUUGCUCCUAUGGCAGCACCACCGAUUGCAUCGCCAAACUCGACACGACAAAACCAAGAUACUUUCAUGGGUGGGACAAAUUCUCGUCCUCAUACCAGACCUGCGACUCCAUUCAACCCCUCAUUUUCUGUUCCAGCAACGCCUCCUGAUUUGUACCUCGUCACUCGCAACUCGCCAAACCUUUCACAAUCUAUCUGGGAGAAUUUUCAACCAGACCAAUUGUUCCCGGAGGGAUCGGCUAGCAUGCAAGCUAAUCAAUUCUCAUCUCCACCGCCCCAUAAUCUGGAUCCAAACUUAAUGCCUCACAUGGGAAUGCAUCAGCAAAUGCCAACUCCGGGUCAGACGUCUCAGCUACCUCAAAGGAUGAGAACUGGGCAGCCUGGAAUGAGUGGCAGUCCUCCUCAAGGGAACAUGCUUCAGCCCGGAGUGGCAGGUUAUCAGGUCCAACAAAAUAUGUGGCAAGGAGGUUUUGAUCCGCCGAUGCAGGAUCCUCAAGGCCAUAGUCCCAGCGACACCUUGAGCAAUACAUCUGCGCAAGCAGUGCCUAUGACUAUGAAUGUCGAAGACUGGUUUCAAUUCUUUGGCAUUAACGGUGAUCUUAGCGGAAUGAACGGGGACGUGCCUCUUGCUUGAGGGCAUUGCCUUAUUGAACUUGUCAAAGGUGUC